ACUGCGAGAGCAGGAGCGCGAGCGCGAGCUUGAAGCGUGGGUGCGGACUUCAGUCGCGUGCGACGCGCGCUCUCAGCCGCUCCUUCUCGUGUAUCUCCUCUCAGCUCCGACUUAAACUCAGCGGCGGCUGAGAAUGAACGCGAGCGCGAGAGACGAACCAGACGAUCCGUUUGCGGCUCGUUAGAAUUCUUAUCGCCGUGUAACGAAACCGCGUUCUCGCUGAGACAAAAUUUCUUUUCUUUUCCUCCCGCGGCUUCACAAAAACUCUCGUCGCUCGGCGUGUAAUCAAAAUCGGGAUCAUCCGGGCGAAAAAUAAAAUGAGAGAUAAAUCGUGGAUCGUGUGUUACGCGCGAUGUAAAAAAUCGUAGAUUCGCGACGCAACAUAUCGGGAGCGAAUACGUUAUCCUCGAUUGACUUUCGAUUACGCGCGGAAUCGAAAUUGACGAGUUCAACGGGUUCAACGGAGUACGAGCCUCGCGAUACAGUGAAUGGGAUUUGAUGGAAUUUAUUUUGUACUUUUUAUUAUCGGCGCGUCUCUGCCGGACGAGAAAAUCGUAAUUAAAACUUCGAAACAGGAAUUACUAGACAGAGAAAAAGGAAGGAAAGAGAAAAAGUGAGGCGCAGAACGGAAAGUGGAAGUAAAGUAAUUCGGCUUCGUAAACAAUAAUAUUCAUCAUCGCGGGCAAAUAAAAUCACCUCAAGCUUUGAAAAGAUAGAAGCGACACGGUGAACUAAACGCGUCUGACCGUCUGUCUCUGUCGACUGAUAAAGUGGAGUUUGUGUCAAUCCAAAGUUUGCGUUUCUUAUCCGCGCGCCGAUGUCUUUUUCUUUCCAGUUGGUUCAGCGGAUCGGGUCGUGAUCUCUGACCAAUUGAGUGGAAAUGAUCUCUAAUGAAACAAGCCGCUGAUUAGUGAAAUCAUAUGCCUGUUUCAUUUAAUUUUAUCUAGUGAAAUGUUUCCGUAACUAAAUAUUCGGUGUCAUUUUUGCGAUUAGCUGUCGUCGAAAGAUUUAAGAGAUAAAAGAGUGACUGGUAGCAGCUAAGCUUACAAGGAAUUACGUAAAUUAUCGUUAAUUAUGAGGGACAAGUUCACAUUCAGCUCAGGGGUGGCGGACAUGCACGAGACCCUGUCUAGCUUCCCGGAACAGUUCGGGGAUGGCCCGAGAAAACCGGAAAUAAAGCCGGAAAUUCUGAAGGAGACCGACAGAACCGCGGACAAUCUGAAAUGCGGUUGGUUCUGGUUCAGGCCAAUUUAUCUGCAGAAAUUUCGCACCGCGAAAUGGGCGCUUUUCUGGCUGUGCUGGGCCGGGGCGAUGCAAGGAAUGGUCGUGAAUGGCUUUAUAAAUGUCGUCAUAACGACGAUAGAGAAGAGAUUCGGACUGAAGUCAUCGGAAACCGGCUUGAUAGCGGGCGGAUACGACAUAGCCAGUUUCUUUCUUCUCGUACCAGUGAGCUAUCUAGGCGGCCGUGCGAAAGCGUCGAAGCCAAGGUAUAUCGGCAUAGGGAUUCUAGUCUUAGGUAUAGGUAGCCUGCUGUUUGCGUCUCCGCAUUAUCUUGCCGGACCGUAUAGAGGGGGUCAGCAAACAGAGAACGUAUGCCAAAGUGCCAGCAAUAUAUCGAGCCACUCGAUAUCCUGCACGGAUCAAUCUACAGUUCAAGCGGAGCUAGAGCCUUACAGUGGCGUGUACUUAACCAUAUUUCUGGUAGCUCAGCUGUUACACGGCGCCGGUGCGGCACCCUUCUAUACGCUCGGGGUUACGUAUUUAGACGAAAAUGUUUCGAAGAAGAUGUCUUCGGUGUAUCUAGGUGUUUAUUAUACUAUGGCCAUAAUAGGACCUGCACUAGGCUUUGUUGUCGGUGGUGAACUAUUGAAAAUUUACACAGACUUUCUUACGGUGGAUUCCUCGACGAUUGGAUUAACUUCUGACAGUAAUGUCUGGAUUGGUGCAUGGUGGAUCGGUUUCUUGGCAGCGGCUGUCAUAUGCUUCGUCAUCGCGAUACCAGUUUUGGCAUUUCCCGCAAUUUUACCUGGAUCGGAGGAAUUGGCCAAGGAUAAGGUGUCAGAGGCGCACGAGAAAUCGACCCGAUCUUCCACCGCGGCGACGGGAGAAGCAUUUUCAAAGAUACGAGAACUGCCACGCGCUCUGACCGAAUUGCUUGGAAAUCCAGCAUUUUUUAUGCUGAACCUAGCAGGUGCCAGUGAAGGGUUGCUAAUUGCCGGAUUUGCUGCUUUCCUGCCGAAACUGAUUGAAAAUCAAUUCAGCGUCAGUGCCAGUUCGGCCGCAUUGCUGAUGGGCUUGGUGACCGUACCGGCAGGAGGAGGCGGUACUUUUCUCGGCGGUUACCUGAUAAAGCGCUUCAACCUGCCCUGCUCUGGCAUUUUGAAAUUUUGCUUGCUGGCCACAACCGUCUGCAUCGCUUUCACCCUGUCUCUCGCUCUAAACUGCCCGAACUUAGACUUUGCUGGAUUGACCGUGCCCUAUCGAAACAUGACGGGAAAAGCCGCGUUGUCUCUCGAGAACACCUGUAAUAACGGCUGCGGAUGCUCCAGAUCGCGAUUCGAUCCUAUAUGUGGCGUAGACGGGAUCACGUACUAUUCGCCCUGUCACGCCGGAUGCUAUCGGGAAACGCCGAUAAACAAUGUCAAAGUGUACACGGACUGUAGCUGCAUACGCGCGUCGGCGAUGAACUUAACCAGCGAAGGCACCGGGGACGUCGUCCAGUACGAGGCCAUUAAUACCACCUGCGGAAGCUCGUGCUCGUACCUGUGGCUGUUCAUCGUCCUGACAUUCUGUAACAUGUUUAUGACCUUCCUCUGCACAAUGCCGGCGCUCUCGUCCACGCUGAGGGUCGUGCGCGACGACCAGCGGUCGUUCGCCCUGGGCAUACAGUGGAUCAAGGUGCGGAUUCUGGGAACGAUACCGGCACCUAUGGUCUUCGGCGCUCUCAUAGACGACACCUGCAUCCUGUGGAACGAGACCUGCGACGGCAGAGGAGCGUGCCUCGUUUACGAUAAUUAUUACAUGAGCAGGUACAUGCUCGCACUGUCAUUCAUCGGGAAAGCGGCUUCGCUUCUUUUCUUCUUUUUAGCAUGGUGGACGUACGUUCCACCGAGCACCAGAGGCAUUGACCAGAACUCUCGGCAGCAAACGACGGCUACUUUAAUGUUAAGUGACACGUCUCAGGAAGUUGAGAUAGUACCAACUACGAUAGCAUAAUUUUGAAUUUUUUUGAAAAUUAUUCUUUUAGAAUUGUUAUUUUAUAGAGACGGUAAAUAUAAUUGUGAUUUAUACACGGAUAGACAAUUAUUCUGAUAUUUUAUUUUUCUUGCUGUGAAAUUAACGAAAUUCUGAAAUAUUUAGAUGAGUUGAAUUAUAACGGGAAUAUCGUUGCAAAUACUCAAACUGAUAUCAAGAUAGAGUAAAUGUGUGUAUGUUAAUAUGCAGUAUGAGCAAAAGUUGUCAUGAAAAUCCUGUUUGCACGUUAGAAAGAUAAGUUUUUGAUAGCCCUAUAGUCGAAUGUAUCUCGGAAGCUGUAGGUUCGGAAGUCAAUCAGGGAAAUGUUAAAACAUAUCCGGAUAGUCAUGCCAAGAAGCCUAUAAUACCCAAAAGUUUCUACAUUUUUUUUCGAUUUUUUUUUUUUAUAAUAGACUUAUGAUGGAAUUGUAAGUCUUAGCGCGAUAAAUCUAUAAGUACGGGCCAAACAUCCAAUUCUCGUAACCCCACUUUUCUCUAAGGUAAAUUUUUAUAAUUCUCCAUUCGCUGACUGUCAAUUAUAAAAGAUUAAUUAACUGUAUUUCUUAUAAUAAUAUAAAUAUGGAUAGCACUUUAUAUCCAAAAAAUUCGACUUUUGUAAAUUUUGAAGACGGUUUUACCAUGUAUCAACCUUGGUGGUUGUCGUAAUAUACUAUAUUAUCGAUUUGAUAUUACACUUUCUGCGCCGUUUUUCGCUAUAAAUAUUUUUAUUAAACGAAAAACGCCAGUAUGCCUAGAGCACGUAUUUAUACAUGUCACGUCAAUAAAAACCUAAUGAGAUAUGUUACACUUC